UUUCAGGUCGGAAGAACUUCCUCUCCAGCUCCAGGCGCUUUUGUUUUGAAAGAAACAACCGGAAAUGCAGCGGCGCCGCAGCUAGCUCGUCCCUAAAUGUCUUAUUUUUCUGCCGACCUUUUUCGGGUCUGACCGGAACUGCUCCCCGGCGUACUUGAGCCGCAUCUGGACCCGUUCAUACCGGUUCUGGUUCCGGCCUCUCACACACUUAGUUGGAUCAAACGGAGACAGAAGACAGCACGCUCGCGGGCGUUUAGUCCGGCAGCUAGCUCCGCUAACCCAGCUAGUACCCGCCAACCCUUAGAAAAUGGACCUGUUCGGGGACCUUCCGGAACCGACACAGACCUCUGGUCGUCUCUCAGCAGCGAGCGCCAGCGAUGAGGAGGAGGACAGGACGGCCAAACGGCGGCGAGAGGACGGCGGCGAGGAGGUGGAGGUCAAGAGAGUUUGUAGAGAAGGUUUUCAGCUGUUCCACCACAAUGUUUGUUUGCCUUUCUCUCAUCAGAGCUCUCUGGGGACGGACGCAUGUGGGGGGGGCUGCACUCACGCUGUCUGUGCCGCAGGUCUGCCGGAGCUGAAGGCGUACGUGGCGGCGAGACGUGGCGAGCGCGAGGAGAUGCAGGACGCUCACGUGCUGCUGCCGGACAUGAUGGGCUUCCUGCCGUCGCGGCCGGAACACGUGUCCCGCCUCUCGUAUUUCGCCGUGUUCGACGGUCACGGCGGCGCCCGGGCUUCUCGAUUCGCCGCUGAGCAUCUUCAUCACAAUCUGGCGAAGAAGUUCCCUCCCACCGGAGACGCUGAACAUUUAGAUAAGCUCAUCAGGAAGUGCCUCCUGGACACGUUCCGCCAGACGGACGAGGACUUCCUGAAGAAAGCCUCCAGCCAGAAGCCGUCGUGGAAGGACGGCUCCACGGCGACCUGCGUGCUGGUGGUGGACGACGUGCUGUACGUGGCCAAUCUGGGCGACAGCAGGGCGGUGAUGUGCCGGACGGAGGCGGCGGCGGCGGACGGCCCGCAGAAGCUGCUGACUCUGGCUCUUAGUAAGGAGCACAACCCGACCAUCUACGAGGAGCGGAUGAGGAUCCAGAGAGCGGGCGGAACCGUCAGGGACGGCCGCGUGCUCGGAGUCCUGGAGGUGUCGCGCUCCAUCGGCGACGGCCAGUACAAACGCUGCGGGAUCAUCUCCACGCCGGACCUGAGGAGGUGUCAGCUUACAGCCAAUGACAGGUUCAUCCUCCUCGCCUGCGACGGUCUGUUCAAAGUCUUCUCAGCCGACGAAGCCGUCAGAUUCGUCCAGAACGUCCUGCAGGAGGGCAGCAUUGAGAAGAAGGCGGGGCUAACGGAGGAGGAGCUCCGGUUUGAGGCGGCGUGCCAGCAGCUGGCCAGCGAGGCGGUGAAGCGCGGCUGUGCCGACAACGUCACCGUCAUCCUGGUUUCCAUCGGCUGCUGAGCUCGUCUUCGUCUUCCUCAUCAUCCUCGCCUGCUGUCUGUUUUCCAAUAAAAUCCUUGAUUACGUUUGAAUGUU